CCGCCUGCUGCACACCACCACGAACGUGUUGACUAUGGAGCUGCCGUCGGUGCAGACACGGCCUUCGUAUAACGAGAUCAAGGCAGCGUUGGCCAAGAUUCCAACGGGGGAACACGUCUGGGAGCUUUCGCAUCACGAGGAGAAGCGUGUGCUCGACUGGAUGAUCCGGCUCAUGGCGGCCAACUUGGAGUGGUUAGACGACAUGGACGAGCGGGAGGACGUGAUGAUGGAAAUGUCGGCGCGUAUCGCCGAACGUAGUGGACGCAUGUCAGCGCCCACGAAGACGCGUAAUUUCACGCUGCCCACAGAGGAAACGAUCGUCAUUCGUGAACCCCGCUUGACGUAUGAGAGUUUAGGGUUUAAAACGUGGGGAUCUGCACCCCUGCUGACCCGCAAUUUGUAUCGGUGGGGUCCUGCAGAUCCGUCGAUCAGUGUUCUCGAAUUAGGUGCGGGGACCGGGCUCAUGGGUAUUGGUGCAGCGACGAUGCUUGGUUGGCAGGUUGUGUGUACGGAUUUGCCGGUCAUUGUCGACAAUCUCCGGUACAACGUUGAACAAAAUGCGAAGCAUAUAGCGAAACGCGGAGGUUCUGUAAGCGCCCAGGUGCUGGAUUGGACCAAUCCGCCGCCCACUGAUGGCGAGGAUGCUCCGGCCUGGGCGGUUCGCAAAUACAACCGCGUCAUGGUAAGCGAUUGUCUGUACGAGACUCAAUUCGCAGAGCUCUGUAUCGCGCUCAUUCUCCGUUUCCUUCGGCCAGACGGAGUUCUCCUAACCGAAUACCCGCUCCGUGAAACAACUCUGGAAGAAAUUGCGACGUUCGAAGGAAAGCUGUUUGCCCUGGGCUUCGAACGCGUCACUGGCGAGGAGAUUGGCGAAGAGGAUUUUGGCUCUCACUACCCUGUCACCUGCCGCUGGAGUCGAUGGUUUUGGUCCAACGAGCGUAACGAAACUAGCGAACAACGAGUAAAUACCCAGUAAUCAUCGGGCUUCUUCGCUUCCUUAGCGAAUGAGAACAACAUUAUAAAAGG